AUGAGUUCCUUCGAAGAGUUGAGCAAGUUAUUUGUCAAUAAUUUCAUUGGAGGACAAAGGCACAAACACUCCUUGUCCAGCCUGCUAACCAUAGAACAAGGAGAGAAUGAAAGCUUGCGGUCCUUCAUUACUCGUUUUAAUAGGGAAGCCCUGAGAGUAGACGAGAUGCACGACAAGUUAUUAUUGGCGGCCUUCCACAAUGAAGUUAAUUAUGACCUAUUCAUCCAUAAGCUUUAUGAGCAAGAGCCUCAAACCAUGGCUGAACUCAUUCAUUCAGCCCAAAACUUUAUGAAUGCGGAAGAUGCAAUUAUAGCCAAGAAGAGGAAGAGAGCUGAGAAGAUGGAGGCAGAUCCUUUGCACCACUCUGACCAAGGUCCUUGUCCAAAGAAGGGGUGUAUGGGAGAGAAAAAAUACCAAGACAAUAAGAAGCCAGGCUCUUCAGUACGGAAUCAACAAUACACCCCCUUGAACAUGCCACUCGAGCAAGUUCUUAUGCAAAUUAAGGACAAUCCUUCCUUGAAGUGGUCGGAGAAAAUGAAGGGAGAUCCUAAUAAGCGCAAUAGGAAUAAGUAUUGUCGCUUCCACGGAGACCUUGGGCACAACACGGAUGAGUGUUUUGAUUUAAAACAGCAGAUUGAAAAUCUUAUUAGACAAUGA